UCUUUUAAUAUAUAAAAAAAAGACGUCUCUCUCUUUUGAUCCUCUCUUUCUGUUUCUCACGCGAAAACCCUUUCUUCGUUAAAGAAAUUGAAAGGAGUCGCCACCGCAUCCGAGAUUUCUUAAACCACCAUCGCCGUCAACUCAUCUCUUUCAUCUGCGCAUUUCACCGUCUCAUUUUUUAUCCCUCUCCUUUCGAUCCUCUCUUUCUGUUUCUCACGCAAAAACUCUUUCUUUGUUAAAGAAAUUGAAAUGUGUUAGGGUUCAUAAAGACAUCGAAAGUGGAGUACGAUGUUUCUUCAUUCACAUCAACAAAAGUGCUUAAAGUUACGGGAAACUGCAACAAUACCCUGUUUGUGUCAAAAACACAAACUGAGAACAAACUUAGUCUCUAGGUGAGACCUGAUUUCAUAGCUUGAUAUAUUCGUACUAAGAAAUAUAAAGAAGGUAGCUGAUCAUAUUACCACCUGCGGCUGGUCCAUGGAAAUGGUUAUUAGUAGUACAAUUUCAAUGUUGUCACUUAUAUAUCACAUAUAAUACGAUGCUAGUGCAAGUGCAAGACCGAAUCACAAAUGAUGUUGCCGAGGCAUUCUCAUCUCCGAGUACUUUUGCAAAAUUUGUACAUAUAGAAAGAAGAAGGAAGGAAGCUGAAGAAAAGCUUUAAUGUAUCAGGUCCAGUUCAGUCAUAUCAUUCUAAUUUAAAGAAAUUAUGUUAUCCUAUUGCAUGCUCUAAUGACUUAAAGGAUGAUACCAUGGUAAGUUAGUAUAAGGCCUUUUAUUAAAAAAAGAUUUAAAUAUUUUUUAUGUCCUUGCAAAUGUACAACGUUUUGCUUUUAACUCCUGUAAAUUUUUUUUUUGUUAUUGGUCCUUGAUGUUUUAUUUAUGUCCCUACAAAAUUUGUUCAUAUUGAAAUUGGUCUAUGUAAAAAUCAUUUUAGUCCUUAUUUUGAGGGGCUAAAAUCAAAUAUCCUAAUCAUACAAGGAACAAUUCCAAUAUGAAUAUAGGACUAACUUAAACUUAUAAAAUUAGCCUAAUCUGAAUGUGAGUUCUCAUAACUGUGUUAUUCCUUCUCUAUUUCAUGUUCCAAUGGAAUGAUUUGUGGAACCUGGACGUGUCCAGAAUACCUAUGCACACAGAGCAUGUCCCCUGCACCUCAGUUCGGUAAACAAGGGUCAUAUUCAAUGCCCCUACCAUGGGUUACUUUUUCAGACGCCUCCCGACCGCUAACCAUAUCAGAUCAAAUACAAAGCUAAGUACCCUCACUUUUUUAACUAUUAUUUUUAUAUUUAUUUAUUCUUUAUUUUUAGGGUUCAUCCCUUUACCCUCGAAUCUGAUAAUACACUCACGCCUUAUUUGUUUCUUUGCUCAUUCCUAAUGGUCAGAGUCGAUGCUUCUGGCAAACUCUUGCCCUCAACCCUGUCAGGCGAAUGCCAAGCUAAGUACCUUCUCCCUAUUCUAUUUUUAAUUUAUUACCCUAUUUUCUUUUGUAGUUAAUGAGGUUUGCCCUCGAAUUUGAUAAUGCACUCACUAUAUGUUUUCUGUAUUGUCUUUCUCUUUUUUUUUCAGGGUUUAUCAAUUGCCAAAGCUACGUUGUUGGUAACCCUAAACCUCAUUUUAUUUUGUGCCUUUUAUUAUUAUUACUUGUGUCAAACCCUGAUAAGGGAUCCGCUGGUUACAAUUUCCCGCCCCCUUUAUUGCUUUAUAUUAUUAUAUACUGCGUGGUUAGUAAUCUUAGGGAGUGCAAGCCUUAAACUGAAUUAGAAUAACUAAUUAAAAAGAUAAAUAUCUGAAUAUAAUCACGUGAUUGUUGCACACACGCACCCUUUGGGUAACCUCUCUGUUGCCUUGUUGCCUGUUGCCUUGUUGCCUGUUGCCUUGUUGCAUUGUAUUUUGUGCAGAAUAGCCAGUCCCUCGAAUUCGAAGAUACCUCAGCCAUGCUGCCUCGAACAUUAAAGGUCAUAUGACCCUAAAUGAUGCUGCCUUCGAUACACAAAUAUGACCUCGAUCCUCGGAAGUUGCCUACGAAGAAAGGCUGAGGUAUCUUCUGGCUGCCUACUAAAUGGCUUAUUCUGAUCCUUGCCUUAGACUACCUGCCCUUCUAUGGCAUGGGACAGUCUUAUGGCAAAGGAUGCUUCGAUGACCCUUCAACCUCCAAACGAAAGGCUUCCUGCCCUCUUAUGGCAAGGAUAGACCCUUUCAUUCUGAAAGGCUAAAAAGAGACCUAUCAUCUGAGUUUAAGGUAAUUGCCCCUAAUUGCCUUGCAAUGCUCAAACUUUCAUUAUAUUCUUUCUUAUAAUUUUUCAAAAGGGCUACGCUUAUUCACAAGCUAAAGUCCCUAUCUCUUUCAUCUACAUUUUCCAAACAAACGAGCAAGCAAAGCAAUUAAGAGCCCAUGGAAAACCAUGGAUGCAAAGGGUGCCUUACACCUUCCCUUUGCAUAAAUUACCCCCCCGAACUCAGAUUUUCUUUAAAAGGUUUUUUUCUGUUUCUUUUUGCCUUUCCGAAUAUUGUUUGGAUAAAAUAAAAGUCGGUGGCGACUCAUGCUUAACCGCGACAUUUCGAUCGAUAAAAAGUCAGUUCACCGUGUUACAGAACUGGCGACUCUGCUGGGGAUUUUCCGAUAAAAGAGGGGUUACCUUAAAAGUUUAGGAUUCACUUAAAUGUUUUCUAUUGUUUGCUUUGUUUGUUUUAUUUUUCAGGGUUGUUUUGGGAAUUAACUGAAGGACGAAUCCUACACCCGGAUUCAAGUACACUUAAGAUUAGGAGUGGCAUAGUCAUGGCGACCUCUUUCACAUAUGUGGGAGACGAGUCAAUAUGAAGUUCACACUUGAGUUAGGACUCCAUAGCAUAUGCACACCUUUCUCAAAUGAGGGGGGUCUAUGUAUGUGUCUGUGGGUGCGCCGGAGCUCAAGGACCUUUAGUUACCCUUAACCCAUCCUGGCCUUUAGGAACGUAGUGGGGGGACUACUCUUGACAAAUGUUAAGAACUAGUCGCUACCCGAUGCUACAAUUCAGAUAGGUUCUUUCUCAAAGUAUCAUUGCAUGGUGCAAAUGCAUCAUGUCCGAGGGUGCUUUAGAAGAGCUGACAAUUCUGGAUAACUUGUAGAACCCGUUGCUGAAAUCUCCUUAUCCAUAGAAAUACCCUUAGGAAGGACACCUGAUCAGACUCCAUGCAAGCCUUAAGCCAAAAAUUGUGUGACUUGUGUGACUCGUUUGUGUUUGAUACUAACCUUCGUCUCCUUGCAGGUUUUGUUAAAAGGACUUGUUUGUCCUUACUAUCUCACACUAUGCCUAAUGAACUGCAUUCACAUAACAUCAUGACAUCAUGACAUCAUAAGCAUAACAUGAUUAACUAACCCUUUCAAGGAUCUUAGGAAUUUAGGGCGCACAAUUUCAGGUGCUCUUAUCAAGGACUGAAUUCCUAUCUAGGGGCAAGAGGAUUUAUUUUCCUCUAGCCAUGUACCUCCCAAUUCUGAGACUCAGUACCUAUCAAGGGGCAAGAGGAUUUAUUUUCCUCUAGCCAUGUAUCUUCAAAUUCAGAAGUAUCCCGAAUCAGAGGCGAUGACCCACUCGGUAUGGUGAGCUUGAUUCUCUAAGAAGGACGUUCAAAGACGAAAAACGAAAGACGAAGUUCUUCAGACAAAGACGCGACCAAAUCAUUUUCUAAAGUUGCUAACUAAAUUCCUAAAGAUCCUCGAAAGCAUUGCAUUUACAUUCAUAACAUCGCAUAACAGGUUUCUUACAAUAGGUCUCUCAUCCUUCCUCGCUGUUUAUUUCAGCAUCAUGAAUCUCGAACAAUCAGUUAAGGAUCUCCAAGCUCAAAACACCGAGUUCCAAGCCUUGAUUCUGAAUUUGUCCAAGGGGCAAGAUGAGCUGAAAUCCCUUCUGACUAAGAAGGAAAAGAAGACCAAGAAACCUAAAGGUGUUCUCAAUCUGGGAAGAAGGUUCAAAGGCCCUCUCAAAAAGGUUGAAGAAACUGAAGCUCCCAAAGAGGGUAAGAAGACUCGAGGGAAAAAGCUUAGACCAAUCUUGCAACUCAGGGAUGCUGAAACCUCUGAAGACAGUGAUGAGGAUGAGCAAGAUGAUGAUGCUAGUAUCAAAACCGAUGCAAAAAGUAACCACGACUCUGCCGAACUCUCUGAAGAAGAAGAGGACUAUUACCAUGAGGGCGAACAUCCCGAUGACAAAUACAAGAUGUUAGAAGAGCGUCUGAGAAGUGUGGAAAUUCAGAAGGUACCUGGGCUGGAUUUUGAAGAGCUUGGACUUGUGCCUGGGGUCGUUAUUCCUCCAAAAUUCAAAACUCCCGCCUUUGCUAAGUAUGAUGGAGUCUCUUGUCCUAAACUACACUUGAGGUCUUAUGUAAGGAAGAUUCAACCUCACACUGCUGAUAAGAGGCUCUGGAUCCAUUUCUUUCAGGAAAGCUUAUCUGGAACUCAACUCGAAUGGUACUAUCAACUGGAAAGUACCAACAUCCAUACCUGGGAAGAUUUAGUUGUUGCCUUCUAUAAGCAAUACCAAUAUAAUUCCGAUCUCGUACCAACUCGCAUGCAACUACAAAGCAUGUCUAUGGGACCUAAAGAAAGUUUCAAAGAGUACGCACAAAAGUGGAGAGAUCUAGCUGGAAGAGUCCGACCUUCUUUGAAUGAUAGAGAGUUGGUGGACAUAUUCAUGGGCACGCUAACUGGGCCGUUCUAUAGUCACUUACUGGGUAGCUCCUCAUCUGGCUUUACUGACCUCAUACUGACUGGGGAACGUGUCGAGAGUGGCAUUCGAAGUGGUAAGAUUCAAAUAGCGACAUCCUCAGGUACUACAAAGAAGCAUUUCAAUGGGAGGGCAGAUUCCAAUGCUGUGUAUGGGCAGAAAAGGAUAAACCAUGAUCAAUCUAUUGGGGCAGUUCUGAGCUCCACACCGGCGCCUCAACAAGGUCGUCAAGACAAACAAGUCACACCCAGACGUCAAUUCACAAAGAUCAAUAUGUCACUAGCUCAAGCACUACAACACUUGUUGAAGUUAAAGUUGAUCACUCUAAAGGAUCCCCCUAAGAAUCCUAGUACUUCUGCUCGAAGCUAUAAUCCCAAUAUGAGGUGUGCAUACCACUCUGAUAGUCCUGGUCAUGAUACGAAUAGCUGCUGGACAUUAAGGAACAAAAUCCAAGAUAUGAUCGAUGCUGGAGAAGUCGAGUUUGAUCCUCCUGAGACUCCUAAUGUAGCUGCUAAUAAUGUGGAUGGCUAGAAGGAUAAACUUUUAAUCAUUAGUUUUACUUUCGUUUGCAAAUUCCUAUUCUGUUUGUGUAAACAUUCGAAUUAUGAUAGACAUUAUCUAUUUUAAUAAUCAUCAUCAGUGCAUUGCAUAUGUUUGUCUUGAAUAAUUUAUUUCGUUAUCACUCAUUUUAAAGUUAUGUCUUUACUUUACAUAUGUUUUUAUGAUACUCAACUCCUGCUAAAACUGUAAGCCUUUUGAGGGAGGAUGACGAAAACGAUACCGCAGCCUCAUACAGUAUGCUUUUGAGCGGACUAUGCUGACGAUGUACAGGCAUUAUUUCAAUUCCUAAACAGUGGAGAUAUAAGGAUGUUAAUCCCUCGUCAACCCUUUUGAGCCUAAGGAGUAGAAGUUUUCUUUCUUGCACAAUUUAAAACCCUUGAUCAUAACCUGGGGCAGGGUAGUUCUCAGUUUAAUUUGGCUGUGCAUUCUAUUUCAAGAAAAUCGUUCAUUACGCCUUUCAACAAAGGGUUCAAUCACAAGAGAUCAUCCGUACACAUCAAAGAAAUGUUGGAGAUGUCAAAAGCCAAUGAUGGUUCAUCAAUCGUCAAGCGAGGCAGUCAAUAUCUUUCAAAAAAGAAAAAAAAAAGUGAAAAAACAUAUAUACAAAGAAAGGCCUGCUAAGUCAAAAAUCAAAAAGAAGACUUAGGCAAAAAUCAAGGCGUCCCGCUGAUUGUAAGUUCAAAAGAGACAGUUCAGGCAAAAGUUAGGGAUAUCAAAAAAAUGAAAGAAGAGAAGUUAAUAAAUUCCUAAACAACACAAUGUUGUGACUACUAAAAGGAAGAAGUGACUGCCAUCUCAAAAGUUCUCUUUGCUUGUGAACCAUCAUCAUUAUCAAAGGUGCAAAUCCAAAAGUUUCCUGGAAACUGAAUGCAUAAGUUGAAUUAACUGAGCUUAGGAUCGAAGAUCAUCACGAAGAGGGGUGGGUACAAUCAAAUUUUGAGCCUUUAUCCUUUGUUUCUUAAACCAUGAACCAAGCCACGUUACAACCCUUAAAAGUCCUAAUUGAAGCAUGGUUAGUUCGAAAGCAUACUGUCAUCAAAAGGUAUCCCGACUCCUUAAGGUUACCAAAAUGCUAAGUUGAUAUCACGUUUUUGUUACGAAUAUCAUGUUUUUACAAAUAUCACGCCUUUACAUCUCUUGUUUUAAUGUUUUUCAAAAACUCAAGACAAAUGUAUGCACUGCAUCUCAUGAAUUCAUUAUUAAACAAAUUCUGCUACAUAAUUUCAAAUGUUAGCAACAGAAAGAAUUUGUACAGGGUACAACUAAUGACUAAUAGUUAUCCCGACAGACAAGAUCACUCCAGAAGCAAUGUCUCCUGCAUAUACAAGGGGCACAACGUGUUUUGUCCAAACAAUCUGGGGCAAUCAAGUCAAGAUUCCGAGAAUCUCUCAAGGAUGCCAAAAUAAUCAGGGGCACGCAUCCCAGAAAAUCCGAAGCUACUUCUCAACCAACAUAGGACAUUAUAUAGGGCCUAUGAUUACUAGGGGCAUAUCGCCCAUAGUGUACAUCUCACAAAGUCCUCGCGAGGCGAAUCUUUCUAAAGUUCCUGCUAACUGGGGCAAAUCUAUGCAAGUCCAGUCCGACAUCUUGAUCAAUAUUCAGCGGUGUGUCCCAAUACAAAUCCAUGAAUGGCAGCUAUAAUACUGGGGGGAACUUUCAAGACACCCAUGUCUCCCCCACAGAGCAAUCAUUAAGAAGAUAUCUUCAAAUGCUCUCGUCCCGACAAAGAUAUGGCUCCCCAAUAGAGUUUACAUCUUCAACACAACCGGUUUCUUCAACACUUCGCUCUUCUCCAACAUGGUUUACUAACAUUUUUUAUUCCCAAUCAGGGUGCAUCAAGUUACUGAUUGUCCCCAAGCAGAAAUCAUAAAUCCCCAGCUGAGCAUCUUCAAAAAAGAUCAUAUAUCAAAAUCACAAUGAUGCAGAGAUUUAUUUUCUCAAUCAAGGACAAACCACAUUCUGACAUCAUAUAUCAUAAACAUGUUCAUACAUUGCAUACAUUGUCUCAUAUACAAGUUUCUCAUUUAUUUUGAGAAACUCAUAACACAUGCAUCAUAACAUUGCAUAAAGACUAACUCUACUUUUCUCAGGACAUAAGUACAAGCAGAUAAACAAUAUCUACGAUCUAAUUCAGUUACUAUGAAUGGUACUGACACGAUCAUCUCUCCAAGACCUAAUUUGGCCACCACGAAUGGUGCUGACACAAUCAAAGAAAGAAACAGACUUAAUCACAACACGCAAAUCAGAAAAGACCACGACAACGAAGUCACGAUAAAGGAAUCACGACAACUGAGUCACGAUAAAGGAAUCACGACAACUGAGUCACGACAAAGGAAUCACGACAACUGAGUCACGAUAAAGGAAUCACGACAACUGAGUCACGAUGAUGGAAUCACGACAACCGAGUCACGAUGAUGGAAUCGCGACAACUGAGUCACGAUGAUGGAAUCACCACAACGAAGUCACGACAAUGGAGUCAUAACGAUUAAGUCACAGAAACAAUCAUGACAAUAGAGUCACUACAAUUAAUUCACUUCACACUAUCCAGAUGGCAUCUACAAGCCCAUCUCCGACAAAAGAAAUACUGCAAAUAGGGCAAAUUUCUUGGUAUUCUAGUGUCCAAUCACCUUCUACCUUCAGAUACCGACUGGCAUACAAACCACUCUACAUCUUCAGGUCUAAGAUAAUUGAACAGGGGCAGCUGUCAUACCCCAAAAUUUGCCCACACUAUUUCUCCUAUUCAAGUUUCAAAUCCAUAUACAAAAGCUCCAAAACACACUCUCCUAUACAAAAACUCUAAAUUAGGGUUUGACUAAUUCAAUGGAAAAUCAUUGAAUCAAUGACUCAAGGUGGUUCCAUAGGGUCAACAACAUCCUCAUAACCCUAAAAUCAUCAUUUGAUCAAGGGUUGAUCAUGAUGAUGCAAGGAAAGAUCAGAAAAGUCAGAAGUCAAAAGUUACUAUUUUGGGCAUGAACUGAAAAAGUCAACCAAACUUCGAAAAUUCACCAAAUAUUCAUACUUCAUCAGAAAAAUUCCCACCAAAGCUCAUUUUGAAGGGAAUUCAUUCCUCUAUCCAAUGGUCCAAGAAUCAAAGCUCACAAGUCAAUGGUUUAAGAAUUAUGGCCUCAAACAUUAUAGGUCCUUUUCAAAGGUCAACAAAAAGACACUUUUUUCAAAAGGACAUAAAAUGAGCAUGGAAAAUCAUUUUUGAUAUGAGACCAAAGACAUUGGUUAGAGGACUCUCUAAGGUUUCCAAAAAGUUUUAGAACACUUACAUACCUCAAAAAUUGAGGGAGAUAGACCUUGUUAAAGUUGGACAAAUUUGGGAAGGAAAAUGUGAAGAAAAUGCCUCAAAAUGGAUUUUUUUGUAAAGGAACCCAAUUUCUUUUGGCCCAAUCUUGUUCCACAAGUCACCAAUGAGGUCCAUAUCCAAUACCACGAAUUAUUGAUAAUUAAUUGAUUUUAUAUGAAUUUUUAUUCAUUAAAAAGUCAAUAUUAAUCAAAUAUUUGAAAGAAAAUAGAGAAAGAUUGAUUUUAAUUUGGUUCCAAUCAAAUUAAAUCAUCAUUUAAGUUAUAUAUUUGAUUCAAAUUCGGGCUCAUGUGGUUGUUUGGAAAAAAUUAAGAUUUGAUGCAAAAUUAGAAGUUUCCAUACAAUUUUGUCCAAUCAAAGAUUCAUCAUGAAAAUAAGAGAUUUAAUCUGAUUUCUCUCAAGAUUAUCACCCUAAUACUAUCUAUAUAUAUGGACAAUCACUUCAGGCAUAAGGAUUGGACGAAAUUGGCAACCGAGAACCCCAACCGAAUCCUUAAAAUUCAAGGAAGAAGUCAAAAUCGAAAUUAAGAUUGCAGCCGUGUUCAAGGUGAUUUGAAGACUUCAAUCGAUCCCUUGGCGUUCUCAGAAGCUAUUCCAAUCCUUUCCCAGUGCAGAAACCUCAAGAGCCGCGUCCUCCAAAGUCACGGUUUGACCAAACUCUUUUUGAUUCGAUUUCAACAAUUUACGCAUCCUUAACAUGUUUUAAUCAUGUAUUUAUGUUGGUAAUGAUGCAUAUGAUGUUUCUGGGCUGUUUAAUUGAAGUUUCUGUGUAAGGUUUGAAUGUCGCCAUUGUUAGGUUUUUUGAGUUCUAAAUUGGGGCUUUACAAACCGUGAAAAAUUAGAUGAAACCAAGGCUAUAUCCGUGCUCAGGAGGCAAUCUUGGUUCGGUCUAUGGUUUUAUUUUAGAUUUAUAUUAUGUAUGGUGGAUUUAUAAGUGUUGCAGGCCUAUGGAAACAGAAAAAAUCGUGGGCGAAACUUCACGUCUUCGCGAGGAAGAUGAAGGCUGGCUGGCGCGCGAAAUUUCGUUUUGAAAUUAACUGUUUUGAUAUAUUGGUUUUUGUUUGCGUUGUCAUCAGCGAAUGGAGCUUGAUGUGAUGGCAAAAGGAAUCGCUAUAAGGUCUUGGUGCUGGAGGUGGUGGGAUCGAUCCACACCUCUUGCACAUAUUUUUCCUAUUUUCUUUGUUAAAAUUCACUUGUAGAUCCUACGCGUACGACUUGAAGAUGCCCUAUCGUACGCCUUCAGAGCUCUUCCGUAGGAUCAUCACUAAACUCAAAUCCAUGGCCUCUGCUCGCAGGUGCACCAUACACUAGCGCAUGCGAGCCACACACGAUUACAAGCUAAGUUUCUCAAAUUUUUUUUAUAUUUAAUUACAUAAAUCUAUUUUAUUUUAUAUAUUAAUAAUAUAUAUGUUUUUAUUGUUUCUUUUUCUUUAUUUUAAUAAAAAAAACUUCUUCAUAUAUUAUUUUUCAAAACCAUUUUUUAUAUAAUAAUAAUAAUUUUUUUUUUUUUUUAUAUUUAUCCUUUUUUUUAUUAUUAUUUAAUCUAUUUAAUAAUGUUUAUUUUAUUUAAAUUAUAUUAUUUUUAAUUUAUAUUUAAUUACUUAAAUGCUUUGAAAUUUCGUAUAUGCUUUAUUUUAAUUCCAAAAAAUUCUAAAAAAUUUAUAUUUACACCCGAUUUAAUUUUGUUAUCCCGAUUUAAUUAAUUAGGUCGCGAGACCAAUAAUUAAUUAAAUCAUUUAUAUCUUCUUAUUUAUAUCAUACCCUAAUCAGGGUUUACGACGAACAUUCCAAUACACUGAAAUAUUUUCUUUUCGUGCCUCGCCUUUUCAGGGUUACUUUUUCAGACGCCUCCCGACCGCUAAGCAUAUCAGAUCAAAUACAAAGCUAAGUACCCUCACUUUUUUAACUAUUAUUUUUAUAUUUAUUUAUUCUUUAUUUUUAGGGUUCAUCCCUUUACCCUCGAAUCUGAUAAUACACUCACGCCUUAUUUGUUUCUUUGCUCAUUCCUAAUGGUCAGAGUCGAUGCUUCUGGCAAACCCUUGCCCUCAACCCUGUCAGGCGAAUGCCAAGCUAAGUACCUUCUCCCUAUUCUAUUUUUAAUUUAUUACCCUAUUUUCUUUUGUAGUUAAUGAGGUUUGCCCUCGAAUUUGAUAAUGCACUCACUAUAUGUUUUCUGUAUUGUCUUUCUCUUUUUUUUUUCAGGGUUUAUCAAUUGCCAAAGCUACGUUGUUGGUAACCCUAAACCUCAUUUUAUUUUGUGCCUUUUAUUAUUAUUACUUGUGUCAAACCCUGAUAAGGGAUCCGCUGGUUACAAUUUCCCGCCCCCUUUAUUGCUUUAUAUUAUUAUAUACUGCGUGGUUAGUAAUCUUAGGGAGUGCAAGCCUUAAACUGAAUUAGAAUAACUAAUUAAAAAGAUAAAUAUCUGAAUAUAAUCACGUGAUUGUUGCACACACGCACCCUUUGGGUAACCUCUCUGUUGCCUUGUUGCCUGUUGCCUUGUUGCCUGUUGCCUUGUUGCCUGUUGCCUUGUUGCCUUGUAUUUUGUGCAGAAUAGCCAGUCCCUCGAAUUCGAAGAUACCUCAGCCAUGCUGCCUCGAACAUUAAAGGUCAUAUGACCCUAAAUGAUGCUGCCUUCGAUACACAAAUAUGACCUCGACCCUCGGAAGUUGCCUACGAAGAAAGGCUGAGGUAUCUUCUGGCUGCCUACUAAAUGGCUUAUUCUGAUCCUUGCCUUAGACUACCUGCCCUUCUAUGGCAUGGGACAGUCUUAUGGCAAAGGAUGCUUCGAUGACCCUUCAACCUCCAAACGAAAGGCUUCCUGCCCUCUUAUGGCAAGGAUAGACCCUUUCAUUCUGAAAGGCUAAAAAGAGACCUAUCAUCUGAGUUUAAGGUAAUUGCCCCUAAUUGCCUUGCAAUGCUCAAACUUUCAUUAUAUUCUUUCUCAUAAUUUUUCAAAAGGGCUACGCUUAUUCACAAGCUAAAGUCCCUAUCUCUUUCAUCUACAUUUUCCAAACAAACGAGCAAGCAAAGCAAUUAAGAGCCCAUGGAAAACCAUGGAUGCAAAGGGUGCCUUACACCUUCCCUUUGCAUAAAUUACCCCCCCGAACUCAGAUUUUCUUUAAAAGGUUUUUUUCUGUUUCUUUUUGCCUUUCCGAAUAUUGUUUGGAUAAAAUAAAAGUCGGUGGCGACUCAUGCUUAACCGCGACAUUUCGAUCGAUAAAAAGUCAGUUCACCGUGUUACAGAGUGCCUUGGUCACUUAUGAUAGCUCGCGGUAUUCCAAACCUGCAAAAGAUAUUAGACCUGACAAACUCUGCAACAACUUUAGAAUCAUUAGUCCUAGUGGGGAUAGCUUCCACCCACUUUGAAACAUAGUCAACAGCAAGCAAAAUGUAAAGGAAACCAAAUGAUACAGGAAAGGGACCCAUGAAAUCAAUUCCCCAUACAUCAAAUACCUCACAGAAAAGCAUAGGCUGCUGAGGCAUUUCACUCUUGCGAGUGAUGUUUGUACCUGCUAUCUGGCACUCUUUACAAGUGCGAUAGAUCUCAAAAGCAUCCUUAAAAAUAGUUGGCCAAUAGAAGCCUGAAUCAAGGACUUUUCUCGCAGUCCUUUGAGGACCGAAAUGUCCGCCGACUUGAGAUGCAUGAGAAAAUUUCAAAAUAGAUUCAAUCUCAUUGUCGGGGACACAUCUCCUGAUUACCUGAUCACUACCAAACUUCCAUAGAUAUGGAUCAUCCCAAACAUAAUAUUUGGCAUCACUCUUGAGCUUGUGAACCUGUGAUCUAGAUGCACCUGUAGGAAAAACACCAGCAGCAAGAAAAUUAACAAUGUCAGCAAACCAAGGUGUAAUCCCAUGCAAAAGAAACAGCUGCUCAUCAGGAAAGUCAUCCUUAAUAGGAAAAGGAUCUUCAUCUCUCUCUAUCCUGCUCAAGUGGUCAGCCACUAAGUUCUCAGCUCCACUUUUGUCUUUAAUCUCAACAUUAAAUUCUUGGAGCAGCAACAUCCACCGAAUCAAUCUCGGUUUUGCAUCCGGCUUCUUCAGCAAGUACUUUAAAGCUGCAUGGUCAGUAAAAACAACAACCUUGGAACCUAGCAAAUAAGAUCUGAAUUUGUCAAGAGCAAAAACAAUAGCAAGCAGUUCUUUUUCAGUGGUAAGUAUUCCCACCUGUCACGCGGGUGACCCGGGUUCGAUCCCCGGCAACGGCGCCAAUUUGAUCCGCUGUCGCUCGCGGGUCAAAACGAGUAGUUUUCAAAAACGUAGUAUAGCGACAAUGGCUCGAGUCGUAUCGCAAGGAUUCUUGAUUCUAUUAACUAAAAGCAAAGUCGAAUUGGGGGGG